AUGACAAAGAAGAGCUUGGGCUGGGCUGGGGAGGAGCUGGUUCACGAGGACAGAGAAGAGCUUGGACCGGGCCCAUACCUUCUUCCAUAUGUUUGGAUCAACACCACCUGCCUGCCCCAGUUUGGCUACAAGCAUGUGCUGUCUCUGACUGAGGAGGUGGGCCGCUUCACUGAGGAGGUGAAGAAACAAAUUGUGUCCAGGAACAGAGAUGCCCCCGAGGGAGGCUUCGACGCCAUUAUACAGGCUGCCGUGUGUAAUGAGAAGAUCGGUUGGCGUCAGGGUGCCUCUCACCUCCUGAUCUUCACCACCGAUGCCAAGACCCACGUGGCGCUUGAUGGGCGCCUGGCGGGUAUCGUGCAGCCCAAUGACGGGAAGUGCCACCUCAACUCAGAGAACAUGUACAGCAUGUCUACUAUCAUGGACUACCCGUCACUGGCUCUGAUCACAGAGAAGAUGUCAGAGAACAACAUCAACCUCAUCUUUGCCGUCACCAGUCCUGUGGUGCCCCUCUACCAGAACUACAGUGAGCUAAUUCCUGGGACCACUGUGGGCACCCUGUCCAAUGACUCAGGCAAUGUCAUCCAGCUCAUAUUAAAUGCCUAUGUGGUCCCAGGAAUGUAUUUAAACGAUACCAAAUGUGUUUUUCGGAGGCAUUUCAACAUUAACUACCAACAAGUUCAUUCGAAAUCCAUAAAUAUAACUUAG